AGUGAAUAGGCCUCUCUAAAACGAUAUAUGCUUUUGGUGGACAACUUUUUGUCCAUUCGACAGCGAACUGGGACGAAGGUUUGUCAGUUUAACUUCACUUGGAAAUGGCUAAGGCAAUUUUUUGAAGAGAUAGAGACAACUGAAAAAGGGAAAAGGAAGAGAAUGCACUAUGAUUUUGAAUUAUUUUCACAAGUUCAUCAAUACUUUUUGAAGACUGUCUCCUGUUGUGGCACUGAGUCUCUCAAUCUGAGUUUCAUCUCAACAGAGCUUGAGCCUCAACGGCUUCAUCCUUUGUUCUUUGAUCUCACUUGCAAUUUGAAGGAGCUUACAGUGCACACUAACAAUUGCAGUCUUGGCAUUUGUGACACAAUGUUAUGUACAUCCCCAAAGCUAGAGAAGCUGACAUUGUUGUCUAGUAAACUUAAUGAUAGGGAAAUUUUUUUUAUGGUUUAUUGUCUCCCUUCACUUAAGUCACUGUGUCUUCAUUCCUGCACUGGGUUAAAGAAGCUUGCUCUGAAAAGCUCAUCUCUGGAGCAUCUGAGAAUCAUUAAUGAGAAAGUGGUUGAGCUUGAAGAGAUUGUCAUCCACUGUCCUCUUCAGACACAAUUUGUCAUGUGGUAUCCCUAUCCUGAUGCUAGCCCUGCAUUCCGAGUAGUUUUAUCUCAACUCAAGGAGUUUGUGUGGCAUGGUUUUCCUUUGGGAUAUUAUUUUUCUCUUCAGUCCAUUCAUCUACAAAAUGCUUCUGUUCAUCUCGUCCUGCCUACAAAACGGGCCCUAUGGGAACUAUCUCAAGCUUCCAUGGAUUUGCUGGAUGCUGUUAUUGAUCAGUUAAAGACAACCAAAUCCCUAACGUGUCAUGGCAACGCUAUCUGGCUUAGAUUGCUGCACUUUGCUGCUACCGUGCUGUUGGUGGAGCUCUCCCUUCUUUUCAUUUGCUGCCACUUGUGCUGCUUUGUUUUCAUUUGCUGUCACUUGUGCAACUUUGACACCACAGCUCCAACAGUGGAAAAAUUUGUGGAAGAAUUUGGGUCAUCCAUGGAAGGGUCAACAGGGUUCAAUAUGGAAUUCUGGGAAACACAGGGUCUCAAAUUUGUUCCUCAGCUGAAAACUGCAACCAUCGAAGUUCAUUUAGGAAACGGUGUAGAACUUGUGAAGUAUCUACUCAAGCAUGGCAGAGCUUUGGAAACCUUGGACAUCCAGUGUUUUCCAGGGAAGGAGUCACGCAUCUUGAAGGAGAUCAGCGGGUGCUUGAAAAAGUUGGCAAUCAAGCCCUUGUCAGCAAAGUUCCUUAAAGCUGCAACUACAAACAACAUGCUCAAAAUAAUCCCUAAGCAUCCUGGUCCUAUGCUAACGAACCAAAUCCAAAUGGCAUCAAUUUUUUGGGGUUUCUUGAUUGAACUCGACGUGAAAGAUGGAUAGGCAUAUGUUGAUGGAAAUGUGAUUUCUCCAGUUAGAACUGCCUGGCUUGGCUGCCCAAAAACGAAAAAGCAAUUGCUAUAGAGAAAAUGCACAAAGCAGUGCGAAGAAGCUUAAACAUGGCUAGUUCUUCUUGCUCAUGUAGAUUAACUCUAGGUAUUGAAAAUCCUGCAUGUGGGCUCAACAAAAGGCUUGCAUCCAA